CGUGUGUUUUUCUUUGUCUGGGGAGGUGGAUGAAGUUUGAAAAGCACUGCCUUGCCGUGCAGAAUGGUAGCCUCUAGCCUGAUAGAAGAGGCAGGCUUGCUGACCAUAAAACAACAACAACAAAACUUUCUACUGUAUGAAAGUAAAAACGGUUAUCGGCGUUCAUGGGGGAAUUGAGGACAACUCGCUGAAAGACUUGGCGUUUUCUCAGACUUUUCAGUUCGGUUUUGAAACGCUGUAGGGGGUCAGCAACCGUGCUAGUCAGUAAAGCGGUUCAAGAGACGUGGGUAUUAAAUGCGAACAUAAGCCUUCUGUUUUCAUAACAGGCUUAAUGGAUCACUGAGAAAAGGUACAGUGAGCUAUCAGGAUAGGUGGCACUAGUUAACGAGACCAGAGCCCGGAACCUCCGUGGGCGACUGCGUGUUUGGCAGGCGUCAGUCACACUGUAGUGUAGCACCGAAUGGACCGUGUUGGAAGGAUAAAACCCGAAAUUUCCCCAAACUUGUUGCUGCCAGUCGGCAAUUCCUCCUGUUAUUUCUAUGAACCUGCGUGUGUCAUUGCUUGCUGUUUAAGGGACACAUACGUGUACAAAAUAAAAUAAAAGCUCGGUAACGAUUUUAAAAACAAGGCGCAUAGGCGAAACUCUUAAAAACAACAACAACAACAACAUGAAUCUAACCAAAUUGAACGAAGCGGAUCUUCUCAAUAACGGCGCACACACACUCACACAGACUCGCGCAACUCACACAAUGGCCAAAACACGACAGAUACAGUAUCGGUGCCACUGCAAAUGGGCGACAGAUUUGACCGGUCUGUACAGUCUGGCAGCUGCGGGACCCGCAGUUUCUGUGACUGUGCUGUCUCCGGGGCUGCGCUCGUUAACGCGGAAGUUUUACAUUUCGAGCUGGAAAGAAGAGUUUUUUGAGGAGGAUUUUCUCUCUUGGAAAAGGGGGGGGGGGGGGUGGGGGUAAAAAGAGAGGAAAUAAGGAGGUUUCAGAUCUCUGCCGGGAUCCCUGAUGCGCGGAAUAAGACGCUCCUCACGGGUGCUCGCGAUUGGCCGGCUGCUGAUCAUAUGGUAUGGUUUUCCUCUGUCCCGCAGUGGCACCUCGCCACCCCCCCUUCAGCUAAAACCCAAUCUCCGAUAAACUACUAAUAGCUAAACCACUUGGACUAUAAAACACAACAAAUCAUAAACCAAGGAAAAGCACUGUACCCUCCCAAUGAGUUCGUAUUUUGUAAACUCUACUUUCCCAGUGACUCUGCCCGGCGGACAGGAGUCUUUCUUGGGACAGAUCCCGUUAUAUUCCUCCGGAUACACGGAUCCUUUAAGACACUACCCCGGCGCAGCCUAUGGAUCUACAAGCGUGCCGGAUAAGGCUUAUCCAUCCUCUUAUUACCAGCAGGCAAACGCUGCCUACGGCCGGACGAGUACGGCGGCCGCCUGCGAUUAUGCCGCGGCCAGUUUUUACAGGGACAAGGACGCAGCCUGUGCGCUCUCGAGCCUGGAGGAGCACGCGCUGGGGUCGAACCCCGAGCCGCGGAAGGCGGACUGCACGGCGCACAGUAAAAACAUAUUCGCUGAGAGCGAGGAGCAGAAGACCCCCACUCCGGUCUACCCCUGGAUGCAGCGGAUGAACUCCUGCAACGGCUCGGUCUUCGGAAACACUGGCCGCCGGGGCCGGCAGACCUACACCCGCUACCAGACGCUGGAGCUGGAGAAGGAGUUCCACUUCAACAGGUAUCUGACACGGCGGCGGCGCAUCGAGAUCGCGCACGCCCUCUGCCUGACCGAGCGGCAGAUCAAGAUCUGGUUCCAGAACCGCCGCAUGAAAUGGAAGAAGGAGAACAAGCUGAUCAACUCCUCACAAACCAGCGGGGAAGAGGAGGAAGAAAAGCGGACAGAAUAAUCAACAGACAAUGAAGAUAAACGCGGAUUCCGCGCUAUUCUAAUUAUGAAAUAUAAAGACUUGUAUUUUUUUUAAUUUACACUUCCUUCCAGAUUUCCACCAGUGAAAAACGUGUUGAGUAAAUUCGUUGUAGCAUUCCAGAAUUUCACCUAACGUCUCCUUUUGACUCGAUAUUGUUCUUGGCUUUUAUUUGAUAUUUUCCCGUUUUGCGGAAAACCGGUCUACUUGUUUUGUUGGUUGCCAACUCCUCAGUUUAACAUUUGCCUCAGUGACUUCAAUGACUAUGUUUAAGGAAGCUGUUUGAAAUAAUUGUCAUAGUCGUGUUCAUAUUUAAACUCUGUAUAAAAAGAAGAAAAUAGUUCCGUGCACGGUUGAGUUAUGUAUUUCUUUUGUAAGUUAAAUGCCCGCGGUCUGUGUGAGUUGUUUUAUAGUUUAAGGGACAAAAAUAAAUCUACUGAGAAAAAUAGAACUACCUAGGCUGGCUCAAAAGUUUCUAUUUUAUUAAUUUUGUACGUGGUUGUGUUUGUAGUUUUGUCACAAAGGGUAUCUAAUGGCGAAAUCAUUCAAUAAAAAAUAAUUAUGCCUCAA